CAUAACUUAGAGAGAGAGAUAGAGAGAGAGAGAGAGAGAGAGAGAGAGAGAGUUGCAUCUUCUCUUUCAUCCCAUAACUUACAGAGGGAGACAGAGAGAGAGACCCAUCUACCUUUUUCUCUCAACUAAGCAGUGGGGACCCAUCUUCCUUUUUCUAUCAACAAAGCAAGGAGAGAGAGAGAGAGAGAGAGAGAGAGAGAGAGAGAGAGAGAGAGAGAGAUGUGGCUAGUAUACAUAUGCAAUGAGGAAGAGAAGGUGCUGGGAACAGAGAAGGCGCCAGGAUCAUGCCCCUAUUGUGGAGGAAUAGUACAAGCCAUGGAUGUUGAAAGCCAACGGACCUUUUGCUUUCUCCCUCUUUGUUUCAAAACCAAACGCAAAUACCAUUGCACCUUGUGCUCCAAACGUUUAGUCGUCUACCCAUGACAUUCCUCCAUUACCACUUUCAAUCCAUCCAUUUGUAUCUAUGUUUCUAUACAUGGAAGAUUUUCUUCUUCUUGCUGUUGUUCUUCUUCUUCUUUUUAAAUUUGGGAUUUUCCCAAAUGGGUUUCUAUGUAUUGGAAGAGGAUGAUUCAAGUGUUGCAUCAUCAGGUCCUUUGGUUGAUAUGUACCCCAUUUGUAUGAAAGAGUGUUUUCUCUUCUCUAUGUUGGUAAUGUAUUUGUGCUAUGAUCAUAACCUUUUAUGUUA